AUGGACCGACCAAGAAAGCGCAAGUCUCUUGACUCGUCCAUGAAAAAGAACACAGCCUUUAUAAAGCGAUUGCGUACCGCCGUCACUGCCGCAACCCUCAACACCUUUGUCCAGGAGAUCCGCACCCUCAGCCUCCACAAAUACCUGUCCGAAAUAAUCUCUGCCUGCUACGAGGGUCUCUGCAAACUCAAGACACCCGGCGAGAUCGAGGCUGGCGUCGAGAUUGUUAGUGCCUUGCACCAGCGUUUCGGCCCCGAGGAGUUUACAGAGCAUCUGGGCUGGCUGCUCGGCAAGGGAUUAGCAACGCCGGAUAAGGGCUUUCUCAAAACCCUAGCCCCUGAAGCCCGUGAGAAAGAAGAGAAAGAUCGGCUUGUCAGGCAGAGAGUGUUAUUACGUGUAGUCAGCGAGCUGUGGCUGGUGGGCGUCCUCCGAACGCUCGAUGAUGUGGUGCGCCCCGAUGAUGCCACCAAGGGAGCCGCCGGUAAGGUACCAGAGCUUAAACCUCGCCCCAGCACCAGCGGCAAAGGAGGAGGUGCUGAGCCGUUUCCGCUCGAGGUCUUAAAAGACCUGCUCGGUCAUGAUCGCGAUCAUGCCAACCUUCCGUUAUUGGUCACCUUCGUGAAGGCUUUCAGCUGGGACAUCCUGGGCGUAAAAGCUGCCGGAUCCGAAGGUCGCAAAACUGUCGAGGAAGAUGGUGCAACGAAGUCGGCCGAUCCGGCCGAUCGCGAGGAAGGGGAAGAAAAUACCUCCGAUGAUCCUCCCUUCACCUCACCAGAGCUUCAAGAGCGGUUCCGAAACAUCCUGAGACGCUAUUUUGACGAUGUCAAAAGCCACCUUGAGCGAGACCAAAAGGCUAUCUUCUCACAAUCCCGUAGAAAUGCUGAGGCAUAUGUCAAAUCCGGUGAAGUCUUCGAGGAUCGCCAGGCAAACUUUGAGAAACAGGUCAAGUCACAGGAACGACUUGUAGCGAAUGCCCAAGUCAUCGCGGAUGCUCUCGGUGCCGAGAUGCCAGACCUGAAGAACAGUGAAGAUUCCCUUGGAUCAACAGGCGGCUCUAUCGGCAUAGUGAAAGCUGGAGAAUAUCUGCGUGGUCAAGGAGACGGCUCAGGCAUAUGGGAAGAUGAGGAAGAGCGCCGCUUUUAUGAGAAUCUCGUUGAUCUUAAGGGCAAGGUGCCUGGAAUCCUCCUCGAAGACGUCAAGAAGAAGAAGCCGGAUACCGACGAGCAAGUGGGCAAGAAAAUCGAACCAAGUGAGAAUACCGAAACCUCCAAGCCAACGGACACUUCUGCAGACGAUCAGUCUACUGCUAUUGCAAACAAAACUAUCGGUGCUCAGGUUGAUGCAUUACUCUUGCGUCUCCCAGACCUAGCAACGAAGGAUGCCAUUGAUCAGACAGCCAUUGAUUUCUGUUUUCUGAACUCAAAGGCGUCCAGAAAUAGGUUGAUCAAGGCAUUGACAGACGUUCCCAAAGGUCGCAGCGAUCUUCUACCAUCUUGGGCAAGGCUAGUUGCGACACUUGGCCAAUACAUGCCUGAUGUUCCGAAGGCGCUUGUGGAGUAUCUCGAUGCUGAGUUCCGCAGUCUUCAGCGCCGUAAAGAGAAGGACUUCCUCGGGCAAGUUCGGCUUAGCAAUAUUCGAUACUUGGCCGAACUGACAAAAUUUGGCAUGGUCCCCGAGCACGUCGUUUUCCAUUGUCUCAAAGUCAGCUUAGACGAUUUUUCGCGGAUGAAUAUCGAGAUCAUCUGCAAUCUGCUCGAAAAUUGCGGCCGAUACCUUUUAAGGAAUCCAGAGACCUCGCCCCGGAUGGCAUCGUUCUUAGAGACUCUUCAAAGAAAGAAGUCUGUGCAGCAUAUCGGCCAGGCUGAGAGAAUGCUGAUUGAGAACGCUGUGUACUACGUAGAUCCACCAGAGCGACCUGCAAUCCAGCAGAAGGAGCGUACACCGAUGGAGCUCUUCAUCCGGAAGCUGGUCUACGUAGAUCUUACUAAGCGUAACUACAGCAAGAUUCUGAAGCAAAUACGACGGCUGCAUUGGGAGGAGAAAGAGAAAGUGUUUUCCAAGCCUGGCAAAGUCAAAUAUGGCAAUAUUCAUCUUCUAGCCAUUCUCCUAAGUGCGUUGUACCGCUAUCAUGCGGACUUCGUGGUCACUGUCAUCGACAAUGUUGUCGAGUCCGUCGUUUUUGGUUUGGAGCUAAACGAUUUCAAAUAUAACCAAAGAAGAAUCGCUGAGGUGAAGUAUCUGGGAGAACUCUAUAAUUAUCGGAUGCUCGAACACCCGGUGAUAUUCGAUACGAUGUACAAGAUCAUGACCCUCGGCCAUGGUGGGCCUCCAGCACCUGGACGCGUCAACCCUCUUGACCUACCAGAUGAUUAUUUCCGCAUUCGACUCAUCGCCACAAUCCUCGAGACUUGUGGCAUCUUCUUCAAUCGUGGUGCUGCGGGGAAAAAACUGGAUUAUUUCCUCUCUUUCUUUCAGUACUACAUAUUCACAAAAAAUCCUCUACCAAUGGACAUUGAAUUCAUUGUCCAGGAUAUCUUUGCCCUCACUAGACCACAGUGGAAACUUGCUUCGAAUUUUGAUGAGGCAAGCAAGGCAUUCCAGUUAGCUGUCGCUCAAGAUCGGAAGACUUCUGGCUUAGACAAGGCCAUUGAUCAAGAUGAUGCCCCUAGUGAAGCCUCAUCAGAUGAUGAGAAUGCUGAUGAUCUGCCGGAUCCUGACGGGGAUGAAGAGUCAGGCUCGGAAGAGGAAGAAGAGGCCGAGGUACGCGCUCCUAAACUUACCAACAAGUCAGUGAACUAUACCAACGAUGAUCUCGCGGGACAGGAUAUUGAGCAGCAAGCAUCCUCCCGAGAUUCCGAAUCUGAGGAUGAAGCUAUUGUGGUGACAAGACAAGAAGAAGAAGUCGAUCCCGAGGACGAGGCUGAAUUUGAGCGUGAGUAUGCAAAGAUGAUGGCUGAAAGCUUAGAAUCACGAAAAUUCGAUCGCAAGCCCCUGUUCGAUGUCCCCCUUCCAGUUCGGCCUAGAACUGCGCGCGAGACGACGAGCACCACAGAGCCAGGAGAGAUGGAAGCCGGCCUGGCGCCGACCAUGGCUUUCUCCCUGCUCACAAAGCGUGGCAAUCGUCAACAGGUGAGCCGCCUUACUCACGUGGCAAUGAAGAAUCAGCAACAGGCUGAGUGGGAGGAGCAGCAGCGUAUCAAGAAUCUCGUGCUCAACUACGAUCUUCGGGAAAACGAAGAUCAAGAUGGUCACGAAACCAAGCCCUCCACGUACCAUCAUAAUCGAGCCGACAAGACUGGCAAAGAGCGCGGUGCACAACGCGUCCGCAAGCUCCAACAGGGCAAGGACUUUAGCGGAAAACGUCGCUAG